UUGACACUGUCGUGGAAUUGUGACGGUACUCGGCUGGCUUCUGGAGCUGAAAAGAGUGUUGCAGUGGCUACUUUUGAUAAUUUGUUUCUUGGAUUCGGGCACGGAGAACAAGUUGAUCACGUAGCUUUUCACCCUAGUAACACCCAUAUCUUAGCCUCUGCGAGCUCCGAUCGGACAAUACGUUUAUGGGAUAUUAGACAGACACUAACACAUACGAAAAUGCCUACUAAGUCGCAGAAUUUGAAUGUUGCUUGGUCCCCAUGUGGAACAUACUUUUUAUAUGGUGACAAAGAGGACACCAUCUACAUGGUCGAUUCCCGAACGCUUAAAAACCUGCGUUCUGAAGCUUUGCGCGAAGAGACGAAUGAAUUUGCAUUUGAGCCCACAGGAAAACAUUUACUCGUUGCUCAUGGUGGAGGUCGAUUUAGUAUCUAUCGGUUAACUUUUUUUGAGAUGGAACGUAUACGAAGCAUUCAAGCUCACUCACCUCAGUCGACUUGCGUUUGCGUGGCAGUCGCUCCUAACGGAAAGUUUUUUGCAAUUGGAGCUUCAGACGCUUUGUGUUCUGUAUGGGAUUCUAAGCAGUUGAUAUGCUGUACCACACUCGGGAGGCUAGACUAUCCGCUUCGUUCAAUUUCGUUUAGUGUCAACAGCAAUCUAAUUGCCACUGCAAGCGAAGAUCAGUUUAUUGAUAUCGCGUGGGCCGAAACUGGAGAGAGAGUUCAUGAGUUGCGCGUUAAUGCUGAAACCUUCACUUGUUCAUGGCACCCAAACGAGUACUUGCUUGCGUUUGCAUCGGCGCCUACAAACGAUAGCCGUGAUCGCGAUGUAACUGUGAAAUUGUUCGGGUUUACCAUGUAG